AUGGGUGUUGGGUCCUCCCCGGCUUCUUCAAGUACAUCCGGCGCUGCGCAGAACCUCUUGACUAAGUCGGAAUGCGUUCGGUUUCCCAACAUUUACGAGUUUCUGUCGGGUAAUGGCGCCCCGUGUGAUGGCAAAGUUCGUUCUGUCAGAUUUACGCAAGGACAGGCCGCCGAAUUCUGCGCCCUCGAUGCCACCUCGCUGGAGCCCACGCACCCUAUUCCGGAACGUAGUGAUGCCGGGACAAGAACCGCGGAGCUCAUCAUUGUUGAAAAGGCCGAUGCUGCUGUCCUAGAGCUCAUACUUCGGGAUCGAGUUUCCGAGAGAGACCGCCCUUCCUUUCUCAAGUGUCUAGACGACUAUCUCGAGGACCAGCCGUCCUUUAACUUCUCAGAUGUGAAGCGGCAGCUCGCUCCGUUGCCCUCUGUGGCGUCCAAGCAGCGGCACGUCGCCUUCAAGUACGUCACGGCGAGGGAGUUUGACCGCCCGUUUCGCCUAGAGUAUUCGCAGGUCCAGCAGGCGGGGAGAGCGGCGGGCGCGUGGAGAAUCGGGAGGACGUGGGGGCCCAUGAACCCGGUGCAGCGGCACGAGACGGACGGUGUGACUUCGCAGUUUUGCCCGCUCGCUGUGACGCGCACGCAGGCGGCUGUGUGGUUCAACGGAGACGAGAAUGAGCCCUGGAGCUUUGGCGUCAUCUUUGUCGAUGAGCCUCCGCGCAUGGCAGGGCUCCCAGGGAAGCUCAGGCCGCCAUAUCACGUCAUCGAAGGCGAAACGUAUUCCGGGUACCAGUCUCCGGCGGAGCUCCUUCUUGAAUGUAUGCGUCGCAACGCCAAGCUGCAGAGUCUGGACAUUCCCAGCCCGCUUGUGCUGGCACAGGACCUGUACAGGCUGGUCGGCUUCGAAUGGACGCUCCUGAUUUCUUACUACACGCGGGAUCUCAACUCCAUCGAGUGGGCACUUCAGAACGGCAGAGGCGACCACGAGUACAACACAGAAGACCUCAAGGCCGCCAUGCAAACCCUGUUUCUGAGUCGACGCCGCAUCCCCUGGUAUCGCAGCCUGCUCCGGGAGCAGUUGAGUUCGUGCCAGCCCCAGGGCCGACUUUUCUGGAGCACCGCAACGAGCAUUAGCCUAGAAGCGGCAGAGAGCACCAGCACGGCGUCGGAGGAGAUUGCCGACGACUUCAGGCAGCUUGAGUACCUCAUGUCGCAGAUGCACGACCGGCUCGACGCCAGCAUGGCUCACAUCAUCGGCCAGACGACCAUCCUGGAGGCACAACGGACGCACGAGCAGAACCAGAUGACUCUCCAGCAAAACGAGAUUACGUUUGCGCAGAACAAGACGCUGCUCGUGCUAGCUCUGGUGGGUACCUUUUUCCUGCCCAUUAGCGCAACCGCCGCCGUCUUCAGCAUGGCUGGGAGCUGGGCGCCGGGGGAGAGCUCGUUUCCGUUAUUUUGGGCCAUCAGCAUCCCUCUUUCCUUGAUAUUGGUCACUUGCUUCAUGUUGUUUCAGUAUUGGGGGGCGCUUAAUCGGCGGGUGAGAGGGAGGGGCGGCGGCGAUGACAGGGCUUACGAGCUGGUACACAUCAUCCACGAGCGGUCCCUCCCAUUGCGCCCUGACUCGAUUCCACAACUACCCCUCGCCGCGACAAGACUCCCGCUCCUUGACCUCGAGCACGACAGCAGCAGCGCGCGUCUCAUGGCGAACGAGACAGGGCCGUCUCCUCCCGCCGCGGGAAACGCGGCAGGGGAAAAGAAGGAGCAGAAUCAGCCGGCCAAGGCCCAGCCCGCAGCGCAGGGCGAGGCGGCGGCCGCGGGGGAAAAGAAGCUCUCCAAUGCUGAGCUGAAAAAGAAGGCCAAGGAAGAGAAGGCGGCGAGGAGAGCGGCUGCAAAGGCGACGCACCCGCCUCCGCCUCCAGGCGCACAGGGAGGCGCCUCGGAUGGCAAGGGCGGCAAGGGCAAGGGCAACAAGCAGGAUGGCCAUCCCGCGGCGCACCACCACCGCGCGGCGUCCAAGUCCGUCUUGCCGCCUCCGGCCAUCAAGGACAACAAGCCCAAGGUCCCAGAGUGCUUCAGCCACCUCUCCAUGGCGAAGCGGAUACCCUUCACACAGGCGGACAAGGAUGUCCACCCGGCGGUCCUGAGGCUGGGCCAGCGGAUGGCUUUUUGGGUCAUCCCCGACAGCCUCACGAGAGUGGAAGCGACGCUGCUGGCCUUCAAGAAGGUAAUCACCGACUACUCGACGCCUCAUGGGGCCACACUGUCUCGGCACUUUACCUCUCACGUCCUCAACCCGCAAAUCGAGUACCUCACAGCCUGCCGCCCCAUGUGCUUCUCCAUGGGCAACGCCAUCCGGUGGCUGAAGCUCCAGAUCAGUAAGAUCGAUAUCGACCUCCCCGACUCGGAGGCCAAGAAGCUUCUGUGCGAGUCCAUUGACAACUUCAUCCGCGAGCGCAUCGCCCUCGCCGACAUGGUCAUCGAGGAGGAGGCAGCCAAGAUGAUCACUCAGGACGAGGUCGUCCUGACCUACGCCCACCACUGGCUCGUCGAGCGGGCCCUGAUCAGGGCCAAGAAGGACGGCAAGGACUUCAAAGUCAUCCUCAUCGACGACCCCUUUGAGCGCGUGGGCCUGGCCCACGCGCAGAGGCUCAUCAACGCCGGCAUCCGCGUCAUCUACGCCACCGACUUUGGCGCCCUGCGGACGAACCUGAAGCAGGCGACGCUCGUGCUGACCGCCGCCGAGGCCAUGUUUAGCAACGGCGCCAUGUACGCGCGGGCCGGCACCUGCGACCUCGCCGUCAACGCCGCCGACUUUGGGCUGCGCGUCGUCGCCCUCUGCGAGACCAUCAACUUCACGGAGCGCGUCUCCAUCGACUCGCUCACGUACAACGAGAUCGACCCGGAGAACUGCACCGAAGAGGGAUUCAGGCUGCUGUUUGACACGACGAGGGACAAGUACAUUACCGUCGUGGUGACGGAGCUGGGCAACACGUCUGCCAAGUCGGUGCCGGCUAUUCUUAGGAAGCUGGAGGAGCUGUAA